AGUUAUAACUGUAAUCAUCUUUUCAUUAGAUUCGGUUGAAACUGUUUCUUUAAAAGUAGUAGCUAUAGUUUCUUUUAUUCAGUUCACUUUUAAAGAUAUACUGUUUGCUUUUGAAAGGUCUAUUUAUGAUCAGUUUAAAAGUUUUACAGGCUUCUCCCAGGACGUAGUAUGUCCAGUCUGUCAAAGAACAGUUCCUGCAGACGAUGCAGAAGUUCAUCUUCUAAUGUGCCUUACUCGCCCCAGAGUUACUUACAAUGAGGAUGUUUUAUCUGAAGACAAAGGAGAAUGUGCUAUUUGUCUUGAAGAAAUGGUUGUUGGUGAUAUUAUUGCUCGUCUUGAAUGCUUCUGCAUUUAUCAUAAAACUUGUAUCGACAAAUGGUUUAAAAUUAAGAAUUGCUGCCCAGAACAUCCUGGAGAUGACUGA